AGUGGCUGCUCGAUUCAAGCAAGGAGUGACUCCGGCACUCAGACGGAAACAGACAAAGGCGAGGGGAGAGACGGCGUGCCGCUAUCCUGCAGCAUCGACUCACACACUCACAUCCACUCCCCCACACACUCCGCAAUCAGCGACGCAGACUCUCUGGAGCUGGUCACCACCCCAACACAUCUGUCACGACCACCAUAACUUUCAGUCAUCAUGGAGCUAGACUUUGGACAUUUUGAUGAGCGAGACAAGGCCUCUCGUACCCCGCGGGGCGGGCGUAUGAAUGGACUCCCCAGCCCUACUCACAGCGCCCAUUGCAGCUUCUACCGCACACGCACUCUGCAGGCCCUCACCAAUGAGAAGAAAGCCAAAAAAGUGCGCUUCUAUCGCAACGGAGACCGCUUCUUCAAAGGCAUCGUGUACGCUGUAGCCAACGACCGAUUCCGCACCUUUGAUGCUCUCCUGGCCGACUUGACGCGCUCGCUGUCCGACCACAUCAAUUUGCCACAGGGUGUGCGUUUCAUCUUCACUAUUGAUGGUGCACGCAAGAUCACAACCUUGGAUGACCUAGAGGAAGGGGAAAGCUAUGUUUGCGCAUCAGAGAACUUCUACAAGAAAGUUGACUACACAAAGAACGUCAACCCCAACUGGUCUGUGAAUGUAAAGGCCUCAGCAAGCCAGAAGAACAUGCAGUCCUUAGCUGCCAAGGCUGCCGGUGAGUCCAGGGAGACCAAGGACUUUAUUCGACCCAAGCUCGUAACGGUCAUGCGUAGCGGCGUGAAGCCACGCAAAGCUGUCCGCUUCCUGCUCAAUAAGAAGACCGCACACUCCUUUGAGCAGGUGCUCACUGACAUCACGGAGGCCAUUAAACUGGAGAGUGGCGUGGUUAAGAGGAUCUACACUCUGGAUGGCAAGCAGGUCACCUGCCUCCAAGAUUUCUUUGGCGAUGAUGACGUCUUCAUUGCAUGCGGACCAGAGAAAUUCCGCUACGCACAGGACGACUUCUCUUUGGAUGAGAAUGAAUGCAGAGUGAUGAAGGGACCCAAAGCUCAGCGAGGUUCAGCCAAGAGUCCUGGUCCAAUCAAGCGCUGCAAGUCUCCUGCUGAAUCGACCAACGGGACGGGCUCCAGCAGCCAGCUGUCCACCCCGAUUUCCAAGCAUUCCCCCACCUCCACCCCUACCAGUCCAGGCCUCAACAACAAGCAGAAGGAUCUGUACCUGCCCCUAUCUCUGGAUGAUGAUGAUUCUCUUGGUGAAUCAAUGUAGACUCCUGGCUCCUGCCGCCACCCUCCCCUCCAGUUUUAUUAUUUUUUUCUUUGGGAUCAGAUACACAGAAGUUUUAUACCUCUGCUGCUUUCCACCUUCACUCACAGUGCCACCUGUUUAGCAUAACCCACUCUUUGUCUCUUUUUUAAAGGCCUUAGCCAACAGGGCUACGACACCAUUUGCUGCUUGAGAAUGGCACAAACAGAACAGAAAUCAUUUUUCUUCUCACAAUCAGCUCACUUUUUCCAGGUUUGCUUUUCUAUGUGGGAUGGGCACUGUUUCUCAAAGGUUCUCACUGAUCACUGUCAUACAGAUUUCAUUAUUGAAGGGAAAAAAAAUCAUUUUGAAUACAUACAUUUUUGAUAAAGGACGCACCCUAACUUUUAAACAUUUCAGUCACAGAAUUCCAAGCAGCAAAUGGGUAUUUUUAGGGGUGUUGGUCAGAAAUGACAACUUUUGUAUCACUUAUCGUAUUUGUGAUGUUCCUCCGUGUCCUUCUGCCCUCUAAGUGAAAGGUUUCUUGUCAGAGGAAGUCUGUUAAGCCAGUUUUAGUCUUUCUAACCUGCUGUAAAUACUGUGUAUAGCUAUCCAUCAUAACAUCUCGCCCAAUGUCCAUUGCUGUGCUUCCGUAAUGUCACUACAAUGUCUAGCAUUCGCUUAACAUGAUACAGGGUACGGUCAAAGUAAAGUGGGACAAAAAAAUACAAUGAAGUCCCCUUGACAGAGGACGUGUGGGAUGCAGUCCUGACUGCGCCUCCUUAAUAACAUUUCAUAUUGCCGGCUUGAUAUAUGUAAUAACGAAGAUCUAAAACCCUCAACCUCACAUUUUUUAAUUGCUGUUAAUCUCAUCCAAUCAGGCGCAGGGACGAUUAUGUAAAGAAAAGGCAUCCCACGCCUCUUUAAGUUGGCCGGUCCUCUGUUUUGACCUUCUAUACAGACAGUAGGCUUUACAUGCUGCAUAACAACCGCCCCCGCCCCCCCACCACCCUGUGUUUUUUAGAUUGUCACAAGCGGCAGCACAUGAUGUUGUUUUGAAGGACCUAACUGUGCAUAAAAACAACCAAAGGAAGAUCCAACAGGCCCUUCUGAAGGAAGAAAAAAAGCCAAUGCACAUCCAGUAUACAGUUUUUAUCGACAGUCUGAAGAAUCCCUUUUUAAAACCAGUUUAUCACAUCUUACAGUGUACUUAUUAGAAGUGAUUUCACAGCAAGUAGUGGUGACAUUUUUAUAGUUUGAAAUGAUAAAUAAAAAUAAAGGUCUCAAAGCCAAAGUAUUCUUUUUUUUUUUUUUUUUUUU